CCUCCUCAUCUCAUCUUCCUCAUCCAGACCUGGUUCUUGAUUCCUUCCGAAUUCUUCGUACCAUCCUAGCGCAUAGCGAAUCUUAUCGAUUAAUGGCGAUUGACUAGUCCCUAGUUUGAUCACGAGUAGAUUUCAGCGCACCUUUUUUUUCGUGGCAAUUGACCCCCCCUGAUCUGGCUGCUCCGAUUAGCCAUGGUGAAGAAGAAGCCCACCAACCCGAGCGCCAAGGGCAAGGGCGCCGCGUCCGCCUCCGCGCCGCCGCCGCCCAACCCCGCCCCCGGAUCGGCCAGACCCAAGAAGAUAUUGAAGAAGAAGAAGAAGGUCAAGGCCGAUCCGGAGAAGCAGAAGGCGGCCGCCGCUGAAGUCGCCGCCACCGCCACCGCCGAGGCAUCUGCUUCGGCGCCUGCGCCGGUUCCGGUUCCGGUUCCGGCUCCGGCCGACGUCGCCCCCUCAGCGGCCCUUGUGGUCGCCGAGAACAACGGUGCUAACGGGAAGACGGCCGCCGAGAACACCGGCGAUGGCAGUAAGACGGUCGCCGAGGACACCGGUGAUGCCAAUAAAACGGCCACCGACAACAACGCUGAUGGCAAUAAAGCCAUCGCCCAGAACAACGGCGGCGACAGGAAGACGGUCACCGGGAAGAAGGGUGACGCCAGGAAGACGACGGUCACCGGGAGCAGCAGCGCUGACAGGAAGAAGGAGAGGCGGAGGGGAGAAGGCCAUGGGAGGGUGGAGGAGAAGGGGAAGAAGGACGAGGAGGAGAGGAGUUGCGCUGGCUUUAUCUUCAUGUGUAACGCAAAGACGAAGCCCGAGUGCUUCCAGAACAGCGUGUUUGGCUUGCCCAAGGGCAAGAUAGACGUGGUGGAGAAGAUCCGCACAGGGGCCAAGCUCUUCCUGUAUGACUUUGACCUCAAGCUUCUCUAUGGGGUGUACAAGGCGACGGCGAGAGGCAAGAUGGAUCUUGUGCGCCGUGCGUUCAAUGGGAGGUUCCCUGCACAGGUCAAAUUUAAGAUUGACAAAGAUUGUCUUCCUCUUCCUGAGAGUAGUUUCAAGCAUGCCAUCAAAGAGAACUACAAUUCAAAGGGGAAAUUCACCCCACAGCUCAACUCUAGACAAGUUCGUAAGCUACUAGCACUAUACAAACCGAUUAGCCUACAUCGGUCAUCUUUGCAACAUGUUGAAGAGUCACAUCGUGUUGAAAGGCGCAUGCCUCGCCAUGUUGAUGAAAGGCGACAGCCACAUGAUUAUGAAGAAAGGCGACUAUCGCGACAUGCUGAAGAUGAAAGGCACUUAUUACGACAUGAUGAAGAAAUGCAACGCCCACGAUUUGUUGAAGAGAGGAGACUAGGGUAUGCUUAUGAAGAAAGAAGGCCACCACACCAUGUUGAAGAAAUUCGACGUGCACAAUUUGUUCAAGAAGUUCAUGCACCAACUCAUUUACCGGAGUCUCAGUAUGCACCUCCAACAUACUAUCGCCACAUUGCUCCUUCUUCUAAUGAUUUGUACCAUCCACAUCAGACCAAUAUGAUUUAUGAAAGGUCUUCAGGUGACGCAGCCAACAGGGAUCCAUACCUUGCAAGAGAGUACAGAGGGCCGCCGCCAGCAGAGUUUGCCGCACGCUCCGAUCACGUGGACGAGCUCUACCGUUCUUACAAGCUCGUCACUCGUCCACAGGGCCUCCACCAGGAUCCGCCCUACGCGCCAGUCGCCUACGAGAACCCAAGAGCUCCUCCUUACCCGGAAGACAUCCAGCAGAGGCCUGUUUCCACAAGGGUGCCCGUGUCCUCCCUCUAUUCCUUCGCUGGCGCACCAGCCUACAGAUGAUCAUGGGCAGCAACUGGUCCCAGCCUUAAUCAUUAUUGCCAGCUGGUGUGGCUAAUUAUCUUCCGCAACUGUAGUUUAUUGGAUCCUCUAGAUACCGUUUGCAAGAAGUCUGAUACUGGAACGUGGGCUUUGUUUCGUGUGCUGCUGAACUAGUGCGCAGCUGGAUGUUAGUAACUUUUCUGAGAAAAAUGCUUCCGUGGUCUUGCAAAUAUGAUCUAUUUUGUUUGUUAU